GUCGCUCCGGCCCUGGCCAUGGCUGCGGGAGGAGCGCUUCGAGGGGCCGCCGGUCUCUGACGGCUGCCUCCCCGGCCAGGGAUGGAGGUGGGCGAGCAGGAGGAGAGCAGGAAGGAGCAUUGGAAGCUGCUAGGCAAUCUGAAGAGCACCGUGGAAGGCCUGGUGUCGAUCAAUAAUCCCAACGUCUGGUCUAAAUAUGGCGGCUUGGAGCGGCUCUGCAGAGACAUGCACAGCAUCCUCUACCACGGACUGAUCCCUGACAAGGUGUGCUUCAGGCAGAAGGACUACUGGCAAUUUGUGAAGGACAUUCGUUGGCUGAGCCCUCCUGUUGCCCAUCACGUUGAGAAGUUCAUCAAGCUGCAUGAGAACAGGCAAAAGAAUACCGAUAUUGUCAGCGACCGAGCCAUCGCUGAGCUGUGGCUCCAGCACAGUCUGCAGUUGCAUUGUCUAUCAGCCCAGCUGAAACCACUGCUUGGGAAUAAGCAGUACAUCAGGAAAUUCUAUGCAGAUUCGGCUUUUCUGCUCAGCGACGCCCACGUCACAGUUAUGUUGCAGUGUUUGGAGGCUGUGGAACAGAAUAAUCCUCGGCUGCUUGCUCAAAUAGACACAUCCAUGUUUGCUCGGAAAAGUGAGGCUUCCAUGCCUGUGCUAAAGAGCCAGAGCCUCACAGCGCUUCCUGGAUCCGUGUGCACCCCUCCUGCUGAGUGCAUGGCCCACCGAUAUUUCGGCUCUUUCUCAGGUCUUCACUUGUCUUCUGCCAGCAUGCAAGACAGGAGGCCAUCAAGUGCUUCAGUCUGCAGUGGUUCCAGCCAGCCUCAGGAAAACGCCCGAUGUGCCUCGUCCCACUGGCAUGCAGAGGGGAGGUCCUCCCGACACCCUGCUGCCCCAGUUCCAAACCUUACCAUCUCUUGCCCCCAGGACAAUUUCCCCCCUGCUGGUGAAAUGAGUUCCAGCACCUCAGCCAGCCAGAAUGAUGAUCCCUGGGCGGGCAGCCAGGAAGACACAGAUGGACCGGAGUACUUGGCCAUUGGGAAUCUGGGUCGGCAGAACCGGGCUUGCAGCAGCCAGAGUGAAUCCAGCACGGCCACCACCAACAGCACCGAGAGCAGUACUUCCAAUCUGUUCUCCUCCGGCAGCUCUCAGAAGCAGGAGUCUGUUUCGUCCUUGGGGGAACAGGGUGCGGGUGGGAGCAGCAGCCGGGGGACGACCCUCUUGCGGAGGUCUAGCUUCUCAGAAGGACAGACAUCAGCCACCCGUGGGAUGCUCAAGAGGAGCCACGUACGCUCCCACUCAGAUACCAACGUGGCCUCUGGGAAAGCUCACGAGUCCCAUGGCGAUAUCUCCCGGUUCCAAAGCAACAUGUCCUGCCCCGUACAGAGUGGUGAAGCAAGCACGCCUGGGUCAGUCUAUGUGGAAUACGAUACCGGGCAAUACCUGAGCUCUGGGGAAGGGAUAUUUCGGAGACCCUCAGAAGGGCAAUCCCUGAUUAGUUAUUUGUCGGAGCAAGAUUUCGGCAGCUGUGCAGACUUGGAAAAGGAAAACGCUCACUUCAGCAUCUCGGAGUCGCUCAUUGCCGCCAUUGAGCUGAUGAAAUGCAACAUGAUGAACCGGCAGCUGGAAGAAGAGGAGGAGGACAGCGACAAGGAGAUCCAGGAGCUCAAGCAGAAGAUUCGCAUCCGGAGGCAGCAGAUCAGGACUCGCCAGCUCCACCCUCCUUACCAGGAUAUCAGCUCUGACAGUUUUAGGGCAACGGACAGUGGGUCCCAGUUCAGCUCCCGAGGCUCAACACGCCUGUCCGACUCAGGCUCUGCAGAAGAGGUGGACGAGUAUGAGCUGAAAGAUGGUAACGAUGGAUCUAACCUGAUUCAAAUGUCCAAGAACGGCCUGUCAGUCUCAAUGGCUUCCUUGUUUUCAGAUGCAGAUAUCAAGCGGAAUGUGGCCCCCGGCAAGAAAUCCUUCCUCUCUUCUGGCUCCAUCAGCUUCCACUCCUUCCUUCACUCGAACUCCGCGGAGGCUGUGGCCAUGGGCCUGCUGAAGCAAUUCGAAGGGAUGCAGCUCCCUGCAGCCUCAGAGUUAGAAUGGCUCGUGCCAGAGCGGGAUGCCCCACAAAAGGGCCCAAGACUGACCCUUAAAAAGCUGUUUAAGAGGCCCAAGUGGUAUAAGAAAAGGCAGCUUUCCAAAAAACUACUGCUGCUGUUGCCAAUCCCAGAUUCUGUGCCCAUCUCCCCUGAUGAUGGAGAACACGCGGAUAUUUACAAACUCCGAAUCCGGGUCCGUGGGAAUCUGGAAUGGGCCCCCCCACGACCGCAGAUCAUCUUCAACAUCCAUUCAGCACCAACGAGGAAAGUGGCUGUGGCCAAGCAGAACUACCGCUGCGCAGGCUGUGGAAUCAGGACAGACCCUGAUUACAUCAAGCGCAUGCGCUACUGUGAAUACCUGGGCAAAUACUUCUGCCAGUGCUGCCAUGAGAAUGCCCAGAUGGUCAUUCCGAGCCGCAUUCUGCGCAAGUGGGACUUCAGCAAGUACUACAUCAGUAAUUUCUCCAAGGACCUGCUGAGCAAGAUCUGGAGCGAUCCCCUCUUCAAUGUGCAGGACAUCAACGCCGCCCUCUAUCGUAAGGUCAAGCCACUCAACCAAGUCCGACUAUUGAGGAUCCAGCUUUACCACAUGAAGAACAUGUUCAAGACCUGCCGCCUGGCCAAAACGCUUCUGGAUUCCUUUGACAGCGUGCCGGGUCAUUUGACGGAGGACCUCCACCUCUAUUCCUUAAAUGACUUGAAUGCCACCAAGAAGGGGGAGCUUGCUCCCCGCUUGACGGAGCUCUUCAAGGCAGGUGCCCUGCACGUUGAGAAAUGCGUGCUGUGCCAGGCGAAAGGCUUCAUUUGUGAAUUCUGCCAGAACGACAAGGACGUCAUCUUCCCCUUUGAGCUGAACAAGUGCAGGACCUGUGAAGAAUGCAAAGCCUGCUAUCACAAAGCCUGCUUCCGGCUGGGACCCUGCCCCAAGUGCGAGCGGCUGCAAGCACGGAGAGAAAUGCUGGCAAAGCAGAGCAUGGAGGCCGACAUCUCGGACUACGAGGAGCAGGAGGAAGAAGAGGAGCAAGCGGCUGUGGCGGCCACGUGACGACUGAGGGGCUGCCCCUCGGGGCACGGGUUCCGCCUCCAGAGUCUGAACUGAUGACUAACUUGAACUGACAGGCCCAAAGCCAAUGUAAUGUCUAGAUAUGGGGACGGGGGCGGGGGGCACAUCUUAUGCACUUGGCUCAGGUGGUUCAGAUUUUCCUUUCUGUCUGAGCCGCAGGACUGGGGGAGGAUCACUGCUGUUUCUACUGCUGACGUUGAUGCACUACGAAGCAAAGCUUCGCCACGGCCGCAGAGGGAACGGCGGCGGGUUGCAUCAGCAGCCCGACUCGAGUGCCUGAACUCGCCCCCACUCCAUCUGGUAGAAGGGGCUGGAUGACAAUUGGCUGUGUGGGACAGUUCCUGGGAACAGACCAAAAUACUCUUUAAAGGGAAAAUAACACACUUGAAUCAUUUUACUCGUCGGAUAGGUUGCUGAUAACAGAAGAGGCAUCUUCUUUGGAGAGUAGGCGGUCUUUUGCCAAAACCACUGCCCGUAGCCCUGGAGAGUCGGCUACUGGACUCUUACUUAUCCCUCUCAUUUAGUGCCUGAAGGGGGAGCCAGAGAGCAAGGAGCAGAGAAUGCUGCCUGGCCGUUCACAAACUGGCAGUGUAAAAAAACAGCCUUUAGCCGAGGUGUGUGUUGGGGGUGGGGGCUAGAAUUGCUGUGGAGUUGGGUGCCACAUUGUCCAAUUUCUCAGAACUGCCUGCCUAAUUUCUCCCUUUUUCCUUCCCUCUUGCCUGAAAUGUAUGCCACGCAUGUAGCAGAGUGAAGGAAUAAUAGGGUGACGGUGUUCUGGGCUAGUGAAAUAGACUGCUCCAGUGAUAGGAUCGUUUUUAAAAACUCCCUGCAAAUAAAACAAUAGCAAAACAGGGAGUAGGCUGGGAUAGGUUCUCCUCUGACGUGCUAGUUUUAGUUUUUUACUUGCUGCCUGGAGUCAUAUAGUCUGUUUCCACCUACUCAGGAUUCUGCCGUCUUACUUUGCUUCUUAUGGAGACUAGCCGUGUUUCGAACAAGGGAUGAAAAAGAAACUUGGCUUGGCAACAGAUGGGGUUGACAGCCUCCCCCAGGGCCCCAUUCGGACUUAGGAGCUGCUAGUUCUUGACCUGGAGCCCUGCUACAGAUGGCGGCAGUUUGAGAGAAGAGCCCUGGGGGUCUGACGGAGGAGGGAAGAAGAGAUGGGGAAGCGCCUUUCCCACUAUUACCCGUGCGUGGAGUGAGAUGUCAGGGAGACUCUAAGGAAAGUCGAGAGGGUGUCGCGUGAAGUGGUGAUGUUCCGUAGGGUUGCCAGGUGCCUUGCAGAAGUAGGGUUGGAUGCCAAGAGCUAGGCUGAAGCACGCUUGGCAUUUCCCAUUGGCUGGUUGCAAGAUACGUUGGAUUGUCUGAUGGAUUCUGCUGAUGGAACUCAGGGUCAGGUCCAAAAGAAGCAAGACCCUCAUGCUUCCGGCCACCUCUCUUGUUGCUGCCAUAAGCGACUGAGCCAUAUAGUUGGCCUCCGUAUGUUUUCUUUUUAGAAAAUGCAGCAGGUCUUCUCCCUCUUCCUUUCCUCCACCCCUGGCCUGCUGAAGACGCUUUUUUCUCGGAUCUCUUGUCCACCUGUUAUGUCCGGAGCCUUAUUCCUUAACAGGCAGCCAGCAGGGAGGGGGGACCUCCAAGCUGUACUUCCCCUGCUUCUCUUUGUUGCUCACGCCUGUUGCUCAUAAUGGCUACUGGCACCCCAAGUCCUGGAGGUCACCCCUUCUUCACUGCACUGUGUAUGUGUGUGUGGUUGUGUGCAUUCGGUGGCUGGUCUGACAUUGCAGCAACAUGUGUGAGCUGCAAGUACGACCAGAGGUGGCCGCCCCGUAGACAGAAAGUCCAGGGCUGAGACAGGCUGGCCUGUUCCGCGCUUCGUGUUGCUUGAAAGAGUUGCUCGCCUUUGUCUUUGUAAGUCAACACUUCCCCCCGCCCCCCAAACCCACUGGCCUUCUUGCUUUUAUUACAUGACAUGAGCAAUGUUCAGAGUGAAUGACUGGAUCUCCUCCUCUGACCAUUCCCCUUCUGCUUGCUGAUAUUCUGUUGGUUGGAUAAGUACGCCGUGUCCUUGUCAGCUUAGGUGCGCUCCAACAAACCGUUGCAAGCUUUUAGGAGGACCGUGCGCUUGCUGCUCCUUCUCUAGGGGAAGAGUGAGAUCUAAUGCUCAAGGCCAUGGGGGCAGCCAUUUUCCAUGUGAAACUGCUCUAAGGAUUAUGUUCCUGAUCUAAGGUAAAGUGCUGUCCCAUACUGGCUGUAUCGAUUGAGAAAGCAUGAUGGGGUGCAUCUUUUCCCCAAGAACUUGCUUGUUUUGAAUGUUUUCUGGAGGUGGGCUACGAAUCCCUCAGGAUACAGCCGGGUUUUCGAGGAAUUGAUAAACAAUUCCAAAUAU